AUGGCUUCAAACGAACUUCCCGAGGUCAAGCUCUACUGGCUCGAUGAGUCGCGCUCACAGCGCAUUCUCUGGUUGUUGGAGGAGCUCAAGCUCCCAUACACUCUGGAAAUGUUCCGGCGCAACAAGGAGACCAAACUUGCCCCGCCAGAGCUUGAGAAGGUGCACCCUCUGGGCAAGUCGCCCAUCAUCAGUGUCACUCCUGCGGGCGCGGGUGAGGGCGUGGAGCCGGUGAUGUUGGCCGAGAGCGGCUUCAUCACGCAGUAUCUCACCGAGCACUGCCCCGAGGGGAAGAAGCUAAUGCCGCCGCGGUGGAAGGAGGGCAUGGAGGGCAAGAUCGGUGGAGAGACGGAGGCUUGGAUGAGAUAUCAGUAUUAUCUGCAUUACUGCGAAGGAAGUCUGAUGCCUGUCCUCGUCAUGUCUCUCAUCGUGGGUGGACUCAAAUCCCCCAACGUCCCCUUUUACAUCCGACCCAUCUCAACCAUGCUAGCUAACCGCAUCUUUUCCUUCUGGAUCUUCCCCAACAUGCGGCGCAACCUCUCCAUGAUCGAGGGUCACCUGGCGACCUCGGGCGGCGACUACCUCUGCGGCGCCAGCCUGACGGCCGCGGACAUCCUCAUGAGCUUCCCACUCAUCGCGGCGCAGGGCAAGCUAGAUGAGUUUGGUAGCUGGGAGGGAGGCUCGUGGAGAGAGGAGUUUCCAAAGGUGGCGGCGUAUGUGAAGAGGCUUGAGACGGAGGAGGGCAACAAUAAACCCGCCAAUGUCCCCAUUCUUGGUGAGCUCGAGAUCGCCUCGAGACUCAAGGAGCUUAGGGAAAGGGACAUCAAGACACAUGAACAGUUCAAAGUAUUUGACGAAGAGAUUUGGCCCAGCAUCCAGGAGCUCCGAGGCCAACUGCCCAAGCCCAUCUACAUGGCCGUCACUGGGCUCCUCAGCGAUCAAAGCCUGACAAUGCUACGAGAUGGGCAUUACCUACGCAGCGUACGGCUGUCACAGGUGUAUAGCACCCUUGGGAAGUACGACCUUGACAUCCGGAACGACCUUAUCCUGAACCUCUGUAUCAGGAUGACGCAGGCCAGAAACAAAUCUUACACCCGCACUCAGAUGAGGGACGAGCUCAUUGGCAUGUGGAAGCACGUCUCUCAGCUCAAGCGCCCUGGAGAAGUUGACCGAGAACUCCGCUUCGCAAUGCCCUCGGUCCCCGAGGUGCUGAAAGACGCGGAGAAGGCCAAAUUUGUCGAGAAGGACCAAACACAGGACUCCAGCAAGAACCCAACAGCACGCGCACUGGCCUCGAUGUUCCUUCAGUAUCCGCCACCACAAGCUCAAGACAUCAUACCGGCUCUUCUGGCGACUCUAGCUGUUGCGUCAGAUGUCAGGUACUUUGGCCGUGAGAAAAGGGUUGCCCUGUCUCCGCUGUUGGUGCUUGCCCGAGCCGUGCUAUCCAAGCAUCAGCUUACUGAGGACAACAUUCACUCCAUUCUCUCCAAUUAUCACACUUUGCCUGCUGACAAAAUGGACGCACUUGGGGUCUACGUCAAGAACCAGUGGCCAACUGUCAUGACCAUGCUCACGACCGAGGCAGAGCAAUGGAUGAAACCUGAAAGUCAUGAGUGGGCAGAGGACCCUAUCAAGCUGGCCGCGUCCCGUGUUACUUCGUUCCACAAGCUUUUGAAGUCGGCGUACCGCGCGCGCAACAUUGGCGCCAUGAGUGCCAUCUGGGAGGACAUGAUGAAGAGCCUGGAACAGAACCCCCGGGUGAGGGAGCAAUUGGCCGACAGCCCCGACUUCCUCGACUAUUGGAUCUUUGUGUGGUGUGCGGUUCGCCGAACAAAACGGCUGGAGGAGACGAUUGAGCUGAUGCGCUCGUUGAACAUGCCCAUGACACUCAAGUCGUACACGGCCAUGAUGCACGGGUGGAAGAAGUGCAAGGACCUCGCCAAGGUGGAAGCACUAUGGGGCCAGCUCGUCUCGGCUGGCACAAAGCUGGAUAUUGUCAUCUGGACUGAACGUAUCUCAGCCCUCAUCGAGCUAGGCAAGACCCAGGCGGGCAUCCAGGCGCUUGAAGAGCUGGUGAUGACGUGGAAGAAGGCAGUCCAGAAUGGAACCGAGGCCCAGGCCGUGCAGCCCACUAUCCAUGUCAUCAACGCUGCCUUCAAGGGCAUGCUGCACCUGUACCCAGAUGCUGCUCACGAGCUACUGGCAUGGGCUGGCCGAGAGGGCUUUGAGCCCAACGUCCGAACAUUCAACAUCCUCAUCAGCGAAAGCCUCCGAGCCGGACACACGGAUAAGGUGACGGACCUUCUGCGCGCCAUGAGGCAACAGGGGAUUGACCCUGAUACUGCCACUUUUACUAUUCUCCUGGAGGAGGUGGUCAGGCGAAUGGACUAUGCCACCUCGGAGGAGCAGGUGGAAGCCGUGCACUCCAUCUUUGCUGAUAUGGAGGAUGCCGGCCUCAAGCCCAAUCUCGAGACGUAUGGAAAGAUGCUGUAUGCGGUCGAUGGCAUCCAGGGCAGCUCAGACGACGCCAUGGCCGCCGUACAGAACCACAUGCGCAACAACGGCUUCGCCGUCACGCCGCACAUGGUUACUAUCCUCAUCGAGCGCGCCCUCCGCCGAGACCCCCCGGACAUCAAGCGAGUACGACUGCUGCUCAAGGAGAACAAGCUCUCAGUGGUCAAACAGGGUGACCAGACCCUCUGGGAGCGCGUCAUGAGUGCCCACGCCAUCAGCGGUGAGACUAAGGAGGCCAUGCGCAUCUUUGACGACCUCGCCAAGGCUGGUCGCCCCGUCACAUCGUUGCCGUGCUUGUCGGACCUGGUGGGCGCUCUGCUGCAGAAGAAGGAGACCGAGUCUGCGCAAAAGGUCAUUGACACGGUGCUGACGCACAAGGCCAAGAGUACCGACAACCUGGAGUCCAACCAGCGGUACUGGAGGCAUCAUCUUUGGUUCAUGGCCAGGCGGAACGGGUUGAUCAAGAACGACACGAUUCCUCUACCUCACUGA